AUGGAAGAUGAUUUAUUUUAUCAAAAAGGAAAUAAAUUUACUCCAAAAGAAUUGAAAGAUUGUCCAGAAUGUGGAAAUAAAGAGAUCGACGAAUUAAUCCGAUACACUCAACUAAACGCCACUCAAGUGGAUUUAGUAGCGUUUAUUCAGCUCUUUUUGUGGAAGUACCUAACAGGAUUUAGAAUGAUGGUGCGAUCUGGACCAAUGAAUGUUGCUUUAAAGCGUCUCGAUAAUUCACAAAACAUUUCAAGUUCAUACAUUAAUCAGAUAACUGAUUUCAAUCUUAAAAGGAGAUUCUGA